CCCCUAACUACUGUUAUGGUAACGCUUACCUAACAACUAUAUUUGACUAUGAUUGAACCCGAUCAAACAUGUUAAGAUUGUUGUGGAAUGCUUUUUCACCAAUCAGAUUGAUGAUUGUGUUGAACAUGUUCAACUACACACGUCCUUUAUAUUUAAUGGUACUAAUAGUUUGCAGUUGUGGAUUUGCAAAUAUGGACACAAUGCUAGAAGGAAAGAACGAACUCAAUCGCCUUGACGUAUCUAAUAAUGUGACUAGCAUACGCGGUUAUCCCAAAGACAAUAUUACAUUUAUUUGGAAAUAUAACAACACAGAACCAAUACACAUGAUCAUAUUUAACCGUAAGAAGGAGAAAAACGGAAAGCUUAACCACCUUGGAGUUUGGGAAGAUAGCAUCUUUAAUAGAAAUGCUUCUAGCGUGAAAGUAAGUGUUAGGUUCAAUAAAACUGGUGAUUUGGAAGGUAUCAUAUAUUUGACACUACUAGAUACAACAUCAGGAGACUACAACUUGAACUACACCUGUAGGAUUGUUUUUAAUGACAAAAAAUCAAGCUCUAUCAUUGGUAUAUUCCUUGCUGGUGGUCCGGAUGUAUCAAGUAACGUGGCAAACAUGAGCGGGUACCCCAACGAUAACAUUACAUUUAUUUGGAAUUAUUACUAUACAGUAGAAAUAAACAUGAUCACAUUUAACCGCAAGAAUGAGAAAAACGGAAAGCUUAACCCCCUUGGAGUUUGGGAAGAUGGCAUCUUUAAUAGAAAUGCUUCUAGCGUGAAAGUAAGAGUUAUGUUCAAUAAAACUGGUGAUUGGGAAGGUGUCAUAUAUUUGACAUUACUAAAUACAACAGCAGGAGACUACAACUUGAACUACACCUGUAAGGUUGUUUUUAAUGACAAAAAAUCAAGCUCUAGCAUUGGUAUAUUCCUUGCUGGUGGUCCUGACGUAUCUAGUAACGUGACAAACAGUUCAGACCCUGGUGUAUCUAGUAACGUGACUAACAUGAGCGGACACCCCAAAGAUAACAUUACAUUUAUUUGGAAUUAUAACUAUACAGAAUCAAUAGACAUGAUCAUAUUUAACCGUAAGAAUGAGAAAGGCGGAAAGAUUGAUAAGAUAGGAUAUUGGCAAGGAGGCAAUUUUCUACCAACAAUACCAGAUGGUGAAAGUAGACUGACAUUUAACAAAACAGAACGAAAUAUUACCAAUGGUAUUGAAGGACAGAUUAUUCUAACGUUACUUAAUGCAUCAAGGGAAGACUUUAAUUAUUUCUAUAUAUGUCGUAUUAUCUUUCAUGAUAAAGAAGAAAGUAGUUGGGGUAUCUUGCUCAAAGAAAAGGUAUUCGUCCAAGAUAUUUCUGGAUUAUCUUCCUGGGAAAUUGUUGGUAUAACUGUGGCUGUUGUAUUCCUGGUCGUAAUAGUAAUAGUAAUAGUAAUAAUAGUAUUGGUCAAACGAUAUGAUUCAGUCAGACAAAAAAUAAAAUGUUGCAUAGGGGAAAACAACACUGAUACGAAAGAGGGAAACAACACAACAGACCAGCAGGAAACGAUUCCAUUGAAUGAGCUAUAGUAGACGGAGUGAACAGCAUCGGUUAUUUAAACAAAAAAAAAAUGUUAAAUACCUUAUGUCCAUUUUAAGUUCAGUUUUAUAUUGAUUGUCAUUUAUGUAUUUAUGUUUUUAAUUGUAUAUAUUAAUCUGUGAUAUAUUAUUGUUCGUCGACCAUUGUUUAAGUGUAUCGUCACCCAUGUUUGUCAGCCUGUCUUCCCGCGAUACAGAUUAUCCCCCAUGUUCGUGCGAUAGAGAGUAUCUCAUAUCCUCACUUGCCGCCGUAAUAACAAACCGCAAGCAUUGUUUUAGUUCGCCGUCUUUAUUAGCUAGGUCGGAGCAGAAUAGUAGGAUGUUUUUUGUUCAGUUCAUUCUAGUCAUAUUUGUGAUACAAAUAGGUAACGUCACCGUAAGGAUUUCGUUCGUAUUUGGUUACGAAAGAAUGCUAGUAGCCGUCGCUUCAUUAAAUUAACGAUUAUUUUGAUUGAAUUUACCCAGAUAAAUUGGAGAAUUUCACAACUGCCGAAUAUGACUACUCGGUCGAGACUUGCAACUCAAAACUAGCUUGGUUGUUUUAAAGGAACUGUUGCAUCUCUUUAAGCAAAAUCAAAAGUUAGAAAUACGCCAGAAUUUCUUUAAGUGGGAUGAAGUAAUUGAACAGUAACACACUAAGACUAUUUAUGGAAUAACCUUGCGUGUUAAUAAACCAGUAAUUGUUUUUCCAUAAAUAGUGUUAGAUAUACGUGCACUUUUUCAAAUCAGCUUUGACAAAUCACAUGAAUUAUGUUUAUAUGAAAUAUGGAUUUCCGCGCAAAUUUCAAAUUUAUACCAAUUAAAUCCAUAUAUAAAAAAAUAUAUUUUUGUAUUACAGUAUAUGAUAUAUUUGUAUGCUUUUUAGUCGUUGAUUUUAUCAUUCAGAACUAAUUUUAUAUUUUUACUGUAAUUAUAUUAAAAUACAAACAAAAA